AUCUGCAUUCAAGUGGUGGCCCGGCGGCCCCACAGCCUCAGCUCAGAACUCACAGGCACCUGCAGCCUGCUGGCCUCCAACCUCAGUCGCCAGGCCCUGGUCUCUUUCAACGACAUUGAAAAUCUCCUGGAUCCUGAGGCACAUGCGGAUGCUGGAGACUGCUACAGGAACAAAAAAGGCAGCACUGAGAAUACAGCCAGGCAGCGCCGGGAUCUGAAGGCCAAAGAGGAGGAGGAGGAGGAGGAGGAGGAGGAGGAGGAGGAGGAGGAGGAGGAGGGAGCUGGCACCGAGAUCGCCAUCGUCCUGGAUGGCUCGGGAAGCAUUGAUCCCCCCGACUUCCAGAGAGCCAAAGACUUCAUCUCCAACAUGAUGAGGAAGAUCUAUGAGAAGUGCUUCGAGUGCAGCUUUGCCCUGGUGCAGUACGGAGGCGUGAUCCAGACUGAGUUUGACCUUCAGUACAGCCAGGAUGUGAUGGCCUCCCUCAGCAAAGUCCAGAACAUCACUCAAGUGAAGAAUGUCACCAAGACAGCCUCUGCCAUGCAGCAUGUCCUAGACAACAUCUUCUCACCAAGCCACGGCUCCAGAAAAGAGGCCUCCAAGGUCAUGGUGGUGCUCACCGAUGGGGAGAUAUUCAUGGACCCCCUCAGCCUCACGACUGUCAUCAACUCCACAAAGAUGCAAGGCGUUGAGCGCUUUGCCAUUGGGGUGGGAGAGGCAUUUACGAAGCCUAAGACUGAGACGGAGCUGAAGCUGAUCGCCUCGCAUCCUCCGGAGACUCAUGCCUUCAAGGUGACCAACUACGCGGCGCUGGAUGGGCUGCUGAGCCAACUGCAGCAAAGUAUCGUCCUCAUGGAAAGCACGGUCGGAGAAGCCCUCCACUUCCAGCUGGCACAGGUCGGGUUCAGCGCCCAGAUCCUGAAAGAGGAGCAGCUGCUGCUCGGUGCUGUUGGGGCCUUUGAUUGGUCCGGGGGCGUGUUGCUCUAUGACAGGCACAGCUGCCGGGGCCAGUUCCUGAACCAGACGGUGGUGGACAGCAAGGCUGGAAAGCACAGCUACCUGGUUGUUAAUAGGAUUAAGAAAGAGUUUCCACUCUGUGAAGAGGACUGCUUCUCCAACAUUACUGUCAAGGUCAGCUACCACCUCCAGAACUCCAAGGACCAGAGGAGCCAUUCCCACCCUAUCCUGGACAUCUACAGUGAGCCCUCCGCCAUCUUCCAGCUGCCCUACGAGAAGGCCUGCAAGAAUAAGCUGUUUUGUGUUGCUGAGUUACAGCUGGCCACCACCUCUCCGACGGAAUUGGUGGUGGGUGUCACAAAGGAGCUGACAAUGAACAUCAGCCUAACUAACUCUGGGGAAGAUUCCUACAUGACAAAUAUGGCUUUGACUUACCCCAGAAACUUACAGUUUAAGAGGAUACAAAAGCCUCCUUCCCCAAAUAUUCAGUGUGAUGACCCUAAGCCAGCUGCUUCUGUCCUGGUCAUGAAGUGCAAGAUUGGUCACCCCAUACUCAGGAGGGCAUCUGCAAACUUUUCAGUAGUUUGGCAGCUAGAGGAGAGUGCCUUCCCAAACAGGACAGCUGACAUCACUGUGACAGUCACAAAUGCCAAUGGAAGAAGCUCUUUGGUCAGAGAGACCCACAGACUUCACUUCAAGCAUGCCUUCAUUGCAGUCCUUCCCAAACCAGCAGUGAUGUACAUGAACACAAGCCAGGGGCUUUCUGACCACAAAGAAUUCUCCUUCAAUAUCCAUGGGGAAAACUUCUUUGGAGCCGAAUUCCAGCUGCAAAUCUGUGUUCCAAUUAAAAUACAAGGGCUCCGGCUUAUAAGAGUGAAGAACCUGACAAAGACACAGGCGCACACCGUGUGCACCCAGGGUCCGGAGCGCGCUUGUGGGAGCGAGGCGGUUCAGCCCGUGGAGGAGUGGCUUUCGGUGCGCUGUGCCAUCGCUUCCGACAGAGAAAACGUGACGGUGGCAGCGGAGCUCGCCGCGAGUCAGUCUGAGCAGUUCCUAAGAGAUGUAACUGAACUGCAGAUCCUUGGUGAAAUUUCUUUCAACAAAUCUCUGUAUGAGGGUCUGAAUGCAGAGAACCACAGAACUAAGAUCACGGUCAUCUUCCUGAACGAGGAGGGGUACCUUCCUUUGCCUCUCAUCAUCGGAAGCAGUGUCGCUGGCUUUCUGGUUUUGAUAGUGAUUAUAGUCGUGCUAUUCAAGUGUGGCUUUUUUAAAAGAAAAUACCGACAACUGAACUUGGAGAGCAUAAGGAAGGCCCAGCUGAAAUCAGAGAAUCAGCUCGCAGAAGGUGAGGACCAGCUUCCUCGUCCACUGGGAGAGAACGUCAGCUAGUCCUCAACUCCUGGAGACUUGGUGUUGUACUGAUGACCUGGUCUUGUAGGAGGAUGCAGGGCAGAAUCUGAUAAAUUGUCAAUACAGUAUUGUUUUUCAGUAAUACAUCGUCCCAAAAGUGCCUCUGCAUGUGCAAAAAUGAACUUGGGAAAGAUUUGGUGUUAAAUAGUGUUAAACUGUUUUCUUUACAGAAGCGUUUUUAAUAUACACAUAUAAUAUACUUUGUAGUUCUUUUUUCCUCCCAAGAAAUUAUAUAGCAUUUCUCAACAUUGUGUAA